CGGACUCCUCCUCCACCUAACUGUCAGUAGCAACGUUCUGGUUGAGUCCCGUUUGCCUUGUGCUAGCAAAUACUGUAUCAGAUUUUUUUGGGUGAAAGUGUUACGAAGAGCCAACAAAGGGGUUGGCUCUUUAUACCCAGUCCUGUCUGCCACUAAGUUGUUGUUCGGAAAUGUGUAGGGCUGCUGGUUGCAAUUAGCCAAGUUAUCGUUCCAUUAGAGAGGGGUUCCAUUUGACAGCUCGCCGCCUGGGACAGGGAGCUCGCGCUCUGCCUCUCUGCCUUACCCAUGAUGGCGACCCAAGAAGCGGACAUGUCGCGGCGCAGUAUGAGGCUGGUUUUAGGGGGAUACUACCACCAGUCAUCAGACGAUGAUGAGUCCUCAGUUUCCUACAGGGAGAGCCCCGUGAGGGUUUUUACUAAGAGGAAGACAGGUGGUCGUAAAGUGGCGGCCUCUCGUACCUCCAGCCGGGCCAACAGCGUGGCUAGCACCGCUAGCAGCAAGGGUAGUACAGUGGAGCCACCCAUCAAUGCUGAGGACUACAUUGGGGUCUCAAGCUUGGUUCAGAGGAGGAAGACCUUCCAGGAACCUCCGGCCCCAGCUCCCAGCCUGAACCUGGCUCCCAGCCCCAGGGGCUUCUCGUCCUGCCAGACCGGACUGAACCAGGCCCAGAGCCAUAGCAGCGCCAUAGACAGCUCUGGUUACUCCUCUUCAGAGGCAAGACGUUACAGAGGAUACUCUGGAGACUCCUCCUUAGGCGAACAAAGGGUUAGCGCCAGCCAGAGAUCUGGCACUAACAGGACAAGUGCUAGUGCCAGCUGGACCCCUCCGUUUAUCCCGGCCAAUGUGGGGAAGGCCAUUCUAAUUGCCAUCCUCCUCAUACUCUUGACCUUCGGCUGCUGGCUCCUUGCCCCUUUGGUAUGGGCCACCCUGACUUCAGCCCUGAAUGCUAUCACUAUGACCCUGAACCGACCUGUCAUCACCCCGACUCCGCCACCUGACUUCACUACGCCACCUGUCUUCACUCCGCCUGUCAAGGCUAUGGAUGGAGCUUCGGUAUUUCAUUCUGAUCUGGAAGCCAAGAUGAACACAAUCCUGAGAGAAAUAGAAAUUCUUAAGAAGAAGGAACACCAGCAGAAAUGUGUAACCGAGAUGGUAGAGAGACUGCAGACAGACUUGGCAGACGUGAGAACAGACAUGAGGGACGUGAGAGUGAGAGUGGACAGUGUGAAUCCGCUGGAUUGGGAGCAUCGUUUGAGCCAGCAGACAGCCGGCUUCACCAGUCAGGUGGGCGAGCUGAAGGACCAACACACACACGUCAGGCAGAGAGUCGCUGCCCUGGAGGACCAGAGUGCCACGCUGGGGAAGCAGGUCUACUCUGUUCAGAACCAGCCUCCUCCAGCUCCCAACCCCACCACAGCCAACACACACCUGACCCCUGAGCUCGAAGAGGCCAUGGCAAAAUGGCUGCAUGAGAAUGUGCCCCAGAAUGAGCCACAGAUGGUGAAAGAGGUUGUGAAGAACUGCAGUCCCCUAUUGGCUGACAGGAUGCCAGACUUUGCGUUGGAGUCCCAAGGUGCCAGUGUUGUGAGCACGCGGUGUUCUGAGACGUACCGUACACGCUCGGCAUGCGUGUCCUUCCUGGGUAUACCCCUCUGGUACCCCUCUGAGAACCCCCGCACUGUUAUCCAGGGCCAGGCGGUGCAAGCUGGGAAGUGCUGGGCGUUCCACGGAGCGCAGGGCACCCUGGUCAUCGCCCUGUCUCAUCCUGCCCACAUCACCCACGUCACCAUGGAGCACCUGCCGGUCUCCAAUGCGCCCACCGGACGCAUCGACAGUGCGCCAAAGGCCUUCGCUGUCUACGGUAUGUCCACUGAGACAGAAGAUGGCACCUGGCUGGGAACCUUCACUUAUGACCAGCACGGAGGGGCAAUCCAGACCUUCCAACUGCCUAACCCUACCAGGGCCAUCUAUUAUUACGUGGAGCUGCGCGUUCUGAGUAACUGGGGUCACCUGGAGUACACAUGCGUGUACCGCUUCCGUGUGCACGGACACAUGGCCUCCUCCUCCAAGUGAGAGGCGUUCACCGUCCACCCCAACCGCAGACCUCCAAGGCUUCGCUUUCAUAUCAGAGCAACAUUCUUUUUGCAUCUCAACAUUAUGACGGACCAUUCUAAAUAAAUGUCUUUAUUUGGCGUAAUCAGGAUGGCUUCCUAAACUGGCUUCUGCUAGGUGUGAGGUCAGAGGUCAGCAGGGGUUAAAGUUACAAUUUGCAGUUUAAUUUCUGGAAGAGGUAUUGACCUGGCUAAUAGGAGUGUGGGGAUGGGUUUUUGAGAGUGUCAAAUUGAACUGUUUGUCUGCGUGUAUGCUUUUGAGCAUCGAUUAUUUGUUUGCAUUUUAACGCCCGGCCACAGCGGACAAAGAUUUCAGAUUGUACUUUGAAUGUGUGUUUAUGACAAUCCCUCCUGUGUUACUGGGCUCUUAUUUUGUUUAAUUUCAUCUGUGUCUUACAAUUAUAUACAAAGGUUUAAUUAUGGUUAAAAAGAACGUUUUUGGAUGUAUAUUUUGCAAGUAUCAAGAUGUAUUGUUCAUGUAUUUUAUUAGUCCGAUAAGAAUUUAAUGUAAUAUGCUUGUAAAUGAUUUUUCUGUUGGUCUGAAUGGUUAAGUCUCGACGCACCUUGCCAAUAAGCUUCCUAAUACAGGAUGAACUAUAUGAUUGUAGAUGCUUUCUACUUUGCAUUUGGUAAGGUACUGGUGUUUCAAUGUCCUUUUAAUAAUAGAGAGAAAUAGACAGGCGCACACUGAGGUUGCAACGUUGUUUAAUUUUUUAAACCCCUUUUCCUUCCUAAUUUUAUGGUAUCUAAUUGGUAGUUACCGUCUUGUCUCAUCGCUGCAACCUCCGUACAGACUCGGGCGAGGCGAAGGUCGAGAGCCGUGCGUCCUCUGAAACACAACCCAAUCACGCCACACUGCUUCUUGACACAAUGCCCACUUAACCCGGAAGUCAGCCGCACCAAUGUGUUGGAUGGAACACCGUACACCUGGCAACCGUGUCAGCGUGCAUGCGCCUGGCCCGCCACAGUAGUCGCUAGUGCGCGAUGGGACGAGGACAUCCCUGCUGGCCAAACCCUUCCCUAACCCGGAUGACGCUGGGCCAAUUGUGCGCCGCUCCAUGGGUCUCCCAGUCGGGCUGGCUGCGACAGAGCCUGGAUUCUAACCUAGAAUCUCUGAUCAAAAUUGGUACAAAGACAAAUCAAGACUUAAAAUAAAACAAAAAUAAAUGCUGCUGUAUUUUUGAGUUCAGACAAUACGUUCCAGGCCUCCCGAGUGGCACAGUGGUCUAAGGCACUGCAUCACAGUGGUCUAAGGCACUGCGGCACAGUGGUCUAAGGCACUGCAUCACAGUGGUCUAAGGCACUGCAUCACAGUGGUCUAAGGCACUGCAUCACAGUGGUCUAAGGCACUGCAUCACAGUGCUAGCUGUGCCACUCAGGAGGCCUGGAACGGAUUGUCUGAACUCAAAAAUACAGCAGCAUUUAUUUUUGUUUUGUCUUUUUACCAAUUUUGAUCAGUUUAAUAGUGUAUGCACGUUUUAACAUUUUUUUCAAAUGCAAGGUACAAAUCAUAAAAAAUAAAUACAUCAUUUCUCUGACCAAUUUUACUGCAAUACUUGAAUAACUUUCACCUCAAAGCAAUGUCCAUUGCAAUGAUGUCUAAAUGUCAGGCUUUUCUACUUCUAAACCUUGUACUUUUUUCUAGUGUUUGAUGAAAAUAAUCAGGAACUUUUUUUUUCAUGUUUUAAAUCAUUAUGUUUACAAUUACAGUAUUAUGUGCAGCGGUGGUAGCUACAGACUAACAAAAGACUGAUCACAAAAAGGACCUAUACGGUAUGAUUAGCUCUCAAUAGCAUUUUUUUGAGGUAUUAUGUUUUUCUGAUGUUACGGCAGUGAAACAUCAUACUUAACGCUGGGUCAAUUUUAAGUUUGUCCAAAUACAACAGAAUAUAAGUAAAUAAUUUCUCCAUAGGAAUGCAGUUCUAUACCUGAAAUGACUGGCUAUGUAUCCACCUCAUUUUCGAAUGCUUUUAAAACACGGAAGCCAAAUGUGGAAAAUAUGGUUACAACUUCCUUCAUGCUAGCGCAUUAUCAUAAUUCAUAUAUACAGUACCAUUCAAAAGUUUGGCGACACCUACUCAUUGAAGGAUUUUUCUUUAUUUUUACUAUUUUCUACGUUGUAGAAUAAUAGUGAAGACAUCAAAACUAUGAAAUAACACAUGGAAUCAUGCAGUAACCAAAAAAGUGAUAAACAUAUCAAAAUAUAUUUGAGUUUCUUCAAAGUAGACACUCUUUGCCUUGAUAACAGCUUUGCACACUCUUGGCAUUCUCUCAACCAGCUUCACCUGGAAUGCUUUUCCAAUAGUCUUAUAGGAGUUCCCACAUAUGCUGAGCACUUGUUGGCUGCUUUUCCUUCACUCGGGGCGACGGGUAGCCUAGUGGUUAGAGUGUUGGGCCAGUAGCCAAAAGGUUUGCGUGAUCGAAUCCCUGAGCUGACAAGGCAAAAAUCUGUCGUUCUUCCCCUGAACAAGGCAGUUAACCCACUGUCCCUAGGCCGUCAUUGUAAAUAAGAAUUUGUUCUUAUAUUGGCACGAAAUGGGAUAAAACAUUUUGAAACAGGAAGGUAGUACCUGAAGUUGUUUUAAGAAUUCAGAAUUGUUUUGUGUUGCAAAAUUGUUGCUACAUUGUACCCAACUGAAUAUGGCACAGGUGAACAUAAUGCUCAUGAUAUUGGUUUGUAUUUAUUUAACCAUGUGCAUAUCAAACAUAAUUGAAUGAAGGACAUUGUGUUAUUUAUGAGUUUUUCAAAUACUCAGUGGUCUAUAUAUAUUUAUUUGCUAUGGAUCAGGUCAUUGAUAAUGCAUCAAUAUUGUACCAUGUAAUUAAUGUAAGGUAACAUAAAAUGACUGCAGAAGUCUUCCCUUGGACUGUUAUAUCCAAGUCCAGGCACUCGUGUGGGUUUGAAAGUUAAAAAAUACUUUAAUUUAUGGGCUACACCAUUAUUAAAAUCGUAUCGGCUUACUGCGUCUGAUACAAAAUGGAGGAGAUGCAGUUAUAUAGCCUUGACUCACUUUGUAUCAGACACCCUGAUGAAGGCCUAAGCCGAUACGCAUUAGUGUGUUUUAAUAAUGUUGUAGCCCAUUAAUGAAAGGCUUCCUAACUUUCAAACCCACCAGGUUCCUUGACUUUGAUUGUUUAUGCCACUUAUCACUUAUUUGAUGUUAUAAUUUUCCCAUAUGCUUUUCAAUUCAUAUUCCCCUCAAAGAGCACCUGUGGUUGUUUUGGAAUACCUGAAGCGCUUCUGCUACGGCUUUUCUUUCUUUAAGGUGUUAUAGACAUGAGUGAUAAAUAAAACUUCUCAACCCUG